AUGGAGGUGAGGUCUCAUACCUCUGUUCCAGUGUGCAAGGUCCUCGGGUGGAGCUCUGACUCCUCAAUUCCAGUUGGUUCCGAGUAUAUUCUAAUGGAGAAAGCCCACGGGAAGCAGCUGGUCGAUGUAUGGGGCGAAAUGAAUCAGCUGCAGCAGUUCCGGCUUGUUCAAUGCCUGGUCCAGCUCGAAAGUCAGUUGGCGGCGUUGGAGUUUCCGGCAUAUGGAAACUUGUAUUUUCGCCGUCUGGGCCCCCAGGAGUCGGUCAGAACUGUUCCAAUAGACGACGAAUAUUGUGUUGGCCCGGCAUAUAGUGCGUCGUGGUUUCCACAGCUGGGCGAGGGACGUCAUACAGGCCCAUGGCAGGGGCUUAUGGACCUUGGUAUUGGGUUGACCAGUCGGGGUCUUGCGCACCUGCAACAGUCGUCGCUUGCUCCUCGUAGACCCCAUUUCGGCACCAAAUCCGAGCACUUCGAAAUCUUGACAAAGGUUAGGGAGACAAUGCUACACUUGGGGAAUUUCACCCCACUACAGAAGCUCUCUAAGACUACACUGUGGCAUAACGGUCUUCACCUGGGCAAUAUAUGCGUUUCCGAAGAGGAUCCAACAGCUAUCGUCAACAUAAUCGAUUGGCAAUUUACCUCGAUUAUGCCCGCUUUCAUGCAAGUUCAAUGGCUUUCUUUCCUUGCCCCACCUGAUGGUUAUGAAGCUGGUACUGUCAAGCCGGAACUACCUCCAAACUUUGAAGAAAUGGACGCGGAUGAGAAAGCCUUUGCUAUCACCGAGAGGGAUCGAGCUUUACUCUCAAAAUGCUACGAAGCAGCUCUGGUCAAAAACCACAUGCCAUCGUACUUGGCUAUGACUCGGGGUUGA